CUACGAAUGCGCAGCCGCGAGCUGGAACCUAAGUCUCCUUCCCAGUAAGUUCCACGCCCGCUGCGUCCCCUUAGGUCACUGACAUUAGAGAACUCCUUACCCGAGACUCGCGAGGAUGGAUGGGAAUUGUAGUCUCCGUAGGACUGGUAGGUUCUUUAGCUUAUUCUCCGCUCUCAAGGUACGAAAACGUUAACAUUCCAGUCCAUAUCUGUUGACGAGCAUAAGCGUGCGGAGCUGUUCAGUCUAUCAACUGGGCUGUACUAAGGAUUAUGCUCGCUUCCAGUGUCGGAAGCUCUCCUCCAUAAGACUACAGUUUCGAAGGAACACUCCGGCGAAGGUAUUUUGAUCCGCAAUGCAUGCUGGAAGUUGUAGUUUUGGCCUACAGUCCUUUUAUUUACCUAAACUGGAGACUUCCAUUGCGGCGGAAGGGGUGAGGGAACGAGACCUCUUGCAAGUGUGUAGGCACUACUGUGCGCUCAAUUCGGACCUCAGCGAUUCCUUCCCCCUGCAUCAAUCACUGUGACGUAAUAAGCGGCCACAUCUACGCUUAGAGGCGAGAGGGCGGGCGCCGAAUGGAAAACUCCGAGAGAAUUCCUUCUUUUCCGUCUCUUACUAAUUACGUAACACAGGGAAAGACGAGAUGACCAAUUGAGAGCCGCGACAGACUUGGCUCUUUCUGCUCCGCCCUUCGUAACGUGUUUCGAUCUCGCGUUCUGAGAGGCUCUCGCCCUUUCGCAUCGACCGGUUUCCGUGGCAACGGUAAAGCGCGGGAAUUACAGAUAAAUUAAAACUGCGACUGCGCAUGUUCAUUGUAAAAGGAAGAGAUGGAUUUAUGUGUGGAUCGAGUUGAAGAAGUAAAAAACGUUCUCUGUGCUAUGCAGAAAAUCUUAGAGUGUCCGAUCUGUCUGGAGUUAAUCAAAGAGCCUGUUUCCACAAAAUGUGACCACAUAUUUUGCAAAUUUUGUAUGCUGAAGCUUCUCAACCAGAAGAAAGGGCCAUCACAGUGUCCGCUGUGUAAGAACGAUAUAACCAAAAGAAGCCUACAGGAAAGUACAAGAUUUAGUCAACUUGUGGAAGAGCUGUUGAAACUCAUUCAUGCUUUUGAGCUGGACACAGGAUUGCAGUUUGCAAAUAGUUACAACUUUUCAAAAAAGGGAAAUAAUUCUCCUGAGCAUCUAAAGGAGGAAGUUUCUAUCAUCCAAAGUUUGGGUUACCGAAACCGUACCCUAAGACUUCGACAGAGUGAACCUGAGAAUCCUACCUUGGAAACCAGCCUUGGUGUCCAACUCUCUAACCUUGAAGUUGUGAGAUCACUGAGGACAAAGCAGCAGGUACAAUCUCAGAAUAAGUCUGUCUACAUUGAAUUGGGAUCCGAUUCUUCUGAAGAUACAGUUAAUAAAGGAAGUUAUUACAGUGUGGGAGAUCACGGUCUAUUACAGAUCACCCCUCAAGAAGCCAGGGCUGAAGCCAGUUCCAGUUCUGCAAAAAAGGCUGCUUGUGAGUUUUCUGAGGACAUAACAAAUAUUGAACGUUGUUCAUCCAGUAAUAAAGCUUUGGCCACCACUGAGAAGAAGCAUGCACCCGAGAAGCUUCCAGAAAAGUCUCAGGUGAGCCAUCAGUCUGAAAACGAGGAAGUUCUGAGUGACAAGGAAUUGGUCUCAGAUGAGGAGGAGAGGGAGCCUGACCUGGAAGAGGAUAAUCCAGAAGAGCGGAGUGUGGAUUCAGAUUUAGAUGAAGCAGCAUCUGAGUACGAGAGUGAAACAGACCUUUCUGAAGACUCUUCAGGGCUGUCCUCUCAGAGCGACAUUUUGACCACUCAGCAGAGAGACACCAUGCAGGACAACCUGAUGAAGAUCAAGCAGGAGAUGGACCAGCUGGAGGCUGUGUUGGAGCAGCAGGAGAGCCAGCCUCCCGACAAGCCCCCUUUCCUCAGAGCUGGUUCUUGUGCAUCUGAGGACCUACUGAAUCUGGAGCGCAACACGUCAGAGAAAGUAUUAAUGUCAGAGAAAAGUAGUGAAUAUCCUAGAAGUCAGAAUCUGGAAAACCUUUCUGCAGACAAGGCUCAAGAGUAUCUGCAUAGUUCCAGCAGGAAGUGUAAAGGAACAGGCGUGGGAAGGUCUUCCCCUUCUAAAUCCCAGUUGUUAGACGGUAAGCGGGAUAUGCACAGCCACUCACAGAGUCUUCAGAACACAAACUGCCCAUCUCAAAAGGAGCUCAUUAAGGCUAUUGACAUGGAGGACCAGCAACCCACCAAGUCUGAGGCCCAAGAUCUAAUGGAGCCGUCUUAUUUGUCAAGACAAGAUCUCGAGGGAACCCCUUCCGUGGAAUCUGGAGUCAGACUCUUUGAUGACCCCGAGUCUGACCCCUACGAAGACAGAGCCCUGGAGCCAGCGCCUGUUUGCAGCGCGCCCGCUUCAACCUCUGCAUCGACAGUACCCCAGUUCCAAGUUGAAGAAUCUGCCAAGAAUCCAGCUACUGCCCAAACUACUAAUGCUGCUGGGUGUGAUGUGAAGGAAGACAGUGUGAGCAGGGAGAAGCCAGACGUGGUGUCAGUGUCGUCAACAAAAACAGUCAACAGAAGAAUAUCAAUGGUGGCAUCAGGCUUGACCCAAAAAGAAUUAAUGCUUGUGCACAAGUUCGCCAGAAAACACCGCAUCGCUGUCACUGAUCUAAUUACUGAAGAGACCACGCACGUCAUUAUGAAAACAGAUGCUGAGUUUGUAUGUGAACGGACACUGAAAUAUUUUCUGGGAAUUGCAGGAGGAAAAUGGGUAGUUAGCUAUUUCUGGGUGACCCAGUCUGUUAAAGAAAGAAAGAUUCUAGAUGAGCGUGAUUUUGAAGUCAGAGGAGACGUUAUCAAUGGAAGGAACCACCAAGGUCCGAAGCGAGCAAGAGAAUCCCAGGACAGAAAGAUCUUCAGGGGCCUAGAAAUCUGUUGCUAUGGGCCCUUUACCAACAUGCCCACAGAUCAACUAGAGCGGAUGGUGCAGCUUUGUGGGGCUGUCGUGGUGAAGGAGCCCUCAGCGUUCACUGCCGGCGAGGGCACUCACCAGGUUGUGGUCAUGCAGCUGGAUGCCUGGACAGAGGACAGCGGCUCCCACGUGAUUGGGCAGAUGUGUGAGGUACCUGUCGUGACCCGAGAGUGGGUAUUGGACAGCGUGGCCCUCUACCAGUGCCAGGAGCUGGACUCCUACCUGGUCCCCAGCCCACCCAGAGCGGCUGCUGAUUGCCACCAGCCAUGUGUGUCUCAUACACAGAUCCUGUCUCCACCGGACCCGGAGGAUAAGCUUAAGAAGUGGCCUUUCUCCCGGCCCUGGGAUCUCCUCUUUAGUCCUUCUACAGUCCUGGUUGCUAAAUAUUUUAUGUACUUCAGCCUGAAAAGGACUUCUGGCUGUGCAGAGGUCCCUUAAAGAUUUUCUGCUUCGCGUCUCCCUUUGAAAUCUGCCAUGAGCACAAAAUUGUGGUAAUUUUUCACCUGAAAAGAAUUUUAAAUGCCACCAAUUGAGCAAGAUGCUGAUUCAUUAUUUAUCAGUCCUAGUCCUUGUGCUGGGGCUGUCGGCUUAGAGCUGGGGGCACAGAGCAGCUGGGCUCUGAGUAGAUGGUUUCCCUGAAUUUGUUUCUCUAAAACCCUGUGUUCAUAAAGGCCAAGAGUGAGACCCUUAAGUAGAAGGUGAGUACUUAGAGACCUGCGAUGAGACUGAACAGUCCGUGGGCAGCUCUCGAAGGCCGGAGUGGGAGCAUUGGCGGGGAAUUCGGAGGCAGGGAGUGGAUGGAAAUGUGACAUUGAGGGUUAGAGAGGGCGGGCACACUGACCCUGAUCUCCAAAAGUCUGGGCCAAAACUGGUGUCCAGAGAGUUUUCUAAUUCCCUGUUGGUAAUUUAAAAAAAAAACUUUGUUUUUGUGGCUCUGAUAUGUAACCCAUUCCUUUGAAAUAUAAGAUCUCUGAUAUGAAUAUUUCAUGUCUGUAAAAUGAUGGAUCCCACCAGGAAAGAAGUUCUCGUGUUCCUUGAAGUAAUUUUUUUCUUUUGCUCCCUAUUGCUGAAUGUACAGCUUCAUAAAUAAUUUUGCCUGCUGACGGAAGAGAAAGUGUUUUCCGUAAACCCAUUAUCAGGGACUGUUUGUGGCUGCUGGGAGGACUAGGUCUUCCUCGGCCCCCAGGGUGUGAGGGCAGUGCCGGCCUCUCUGUGCGUAGUGUGUUUUGUCAAUGUUGUGCUGUUCACCUGCAAAUAAACUUGAUGCACACACC